CACUGCAUUCAUUUCAGUUAUUAUUUUUUAUUUCUACCUGUAGCAGUGACUGCAGUAGCUCUUUCUUCAUUAAAUUAAAUUCAAAACAGAAAAAUAUGGGCAAAAAAGGAGGAGACUCGACACCAAACCCAGAAAACGGAAAGAAGAUUUUUGUUCAGAAAUGCGCGCAAUGUCACACUGUUGAAAAUGGUGGAAAACAUAAGACCGGUCCCAAUCUCAGUGGUCUUAUUGGAAGAAAGACUGGACAAGCACCAGGAUUCACUUACACUCAAGCUAACAAAGAUAAAGGUAUUACAUGGGGUCCAGACACGUUAGAAAUCUACCUGACAAAUCCCAAGAAAUAUAUUCCAGGAACGAAAAUGGUUUUCGCUGGAAUUAAGAAGAAACAAGAAAGAUCCGAUUUAAUCGCGUACCUCACUGAAUCCACCAAAUAGUAGAAUUCUGACGUUUUUGCACAAUUUUUAGAAGUUAGGAAAUAUAGUAAUAAUAAAUUCAAUGUUUGGUAAAUAGAGAGAAAUUGAAUUUUGCUUGUUCUUUCAUUCGAAUAAUUUGGUAUUUUCUAGUUAAAUUUUCUGUAAUCUAAUAUAUCCAUUUUGCCUCACGAUUGCAAAAUGUUAAAGUAACAAUAUUUGAUUGAAUUAUCAAAAUAUAUGUUUCAAAAAGCAUUGAUUUCAAUUUUUCACACCCUAAAUUAUUUUACCUGUAGUUAAUUUGGUCAAUAAAUGUCUUCUAAUAAUAAAAUAUGAUAUUGUGACUAGGUGUUGCUUUGGUUUCAAUUGCUAAAUCUUUAUCGCCGAUGAAAUCAAUGUAUUCCAGUUCUCGAAGUAAAUUUUAAUUUUGAUGCUUUUUUCAUGCUGAACCUUGCUGCGCCCCCCUGUCAAGAAAUGCCCAUUCUGUGCGAAUUUCUCACAGAUUUCAACGGCGUAUUUUCCGUUUUCUUCCUUGGAAAAAUCAGCCAGUUGGGCUAUUUCUUGCCGGUCUUUUCAUUAUAUUAUUUAUUGCCUGUAUAGGUUUUGCUGUGCUAUCAAAAUUAAAUUAAAUUGCAAACAAUAAUUACUUAUUUAUUGAUACAGCUCAUAUUUACGCCUAUGUCUUUCCAAAGAGAUCGAUACAAAGUUCAAAUUAUCCCAAAUUCAGUUUUCUACUUAAUUUAUAUAAAUAGGAUUGGCUCCUCACUGUAUUCCAAUUGUGAAUAUCUCAGUAUAUUGUUGUGUAAUCUUGAGAGCAAGGGUAAGACUGCCAAAGUAUCAGAGGAAAUUUUUUUAGGAUUUGGCUGUUUUACCCUUGUGGCAAUAUUCUUGUUCAAGUUUAUCAUUAUUUGGAAUAAACCAUAGACAAAGCUA